CCCCGUGCUAUCUUGGAGUUAAUAUCGAGUGCAUCCUUUUGCUUACUUCCGGCUUUACAGCCAAUGACAUUGGUGCAUUUUUAGACGCUGUGACAUGUGCAAUCGGAUUGGCUAGUUCAAUCUUCAGCACCAUAUUUGAAUUUUGUCUGAAAUGUGUUGAGACUGUUAUUUCUUAGCUGUGUUUCGAUGUGGUCGGACGCUAGUGCUGUGUGUCUCUAGUGAAGGGUGAUAAAUCCAUACAGAAAAAGGUGGACAACGUUUCUGGCUGAAGGGUGCCAUCCCUUUAAGUCACGAUGAGGGUCGCGAUGAAUGUGGGUGUCGAGGCUCUUCUCAGUUGGGUCAAUAGCAUUAAACAGACCAACAAAGAAGCAACACUAAAAGUCGAGGAUUUGCAGGAUGGGGAAGUCUUACUUCAAGUUGUUUAUAUGCUGAGAAAGCAACCUCAUCUCUGUUCGAAUAACUGCACUGAGGAUCGUUUCAAGAUCAUUGCAGACUUUGUGGAAAGGGACUGCAGAUUUAGUGCAGUCAACGGCACUACAUUAUCAUGGGACAACAUAAGAAAUGGCAUCAACCUAACAAUAGAAAUGUCAAAGGUGCUCUUGUUGCUUGUGUACCAUGACAUGAUGAAUGACCGCUGUACACUAAAUACCUUGGACUGUGAGGUGGAGCGAGAAAUAGCAAAUUUAACAGGUUCCUAUGUGAUGGAGAGUAAUGGCUACGUCCAUCUGAGCAGUGGACUUGAUGCCUACUUGGCAAGAAGAUACUUGCCUGUCUCCCAUGAAAUGUUUGAGAGGGGAUCAACUACCUCUGCCUCGAGUGUUUCAUCUGAUUUCUCGUCAGAUGAGCAGUCCCCUGUCUUCACACGUACACAGAAAGUCACAUUUGUGGACAUCCAAACUGUGGCAUCUUCUUCAGCGAGUUCUCCUUUGCAAGAAAUAAUGAACACACCAAAAUUUCAGUUGAGGAAGAUGCAGCGACAAAUGAUCAAGGAGAGAGACUAUAGAGAUGGAUUAGAGAGGGAGCUGGCCAGCAAGCUCACAAUUAUUACUCAGAGAGAAUCUCAUAUUAACCAGCUGCAGUAUUGUUUGGAUAAACUGAAAGAGGAGCAAACACAGCGGGAGCAGGUUGGGAGGGAACAAAUCGAUGAGCUUGAGACCAAGAAUAACAUGUUACAAUUACGUUUUAAUGAACUGUUGAAAGAAAAUAAAGUCCUUAAGGGUGACACUUCACUUAUGGAGCGCAAAGUGGAUGAGCUGGCAGAAGAAAAUGGUGUGCUGUCUUCACAGAUGAGAGGAGUUUGUUCACAGCUGGCCAUCUUUGAGGCAGAAGUUGACAGGCUGACGAAGACUCAAGCAACUGCUCAAGAGGAAUGGAGUGGCAAAACCAGCCAUUUGCAGUCUGAACUUAAUGAAGCUACAACUCAAAAGGAGCUCCUUACUGAGCAAAUUCAAAUCCUUCAAGGAAAGAUUUCUUGUUUAGAGGAUGAAUUAAGAAAGGCCACAAAGGAGGAAGAAGGAGAGAAUAUGUGGCCUGCAAUGGAGAAAGAAAUGUUGGAGAAUGAAAUCAACAGUUUGAGGAAUGAGUUGGAGAACACUUUUGGUUCCCUGAAGAUGGCUGAGGUAGAGAUUCAAGCAAAGUCUCAACAGCUGGAAGAGUAUCAACAAGAAGUUUCUCAACAAAAAGAUCUCUUGAUGGAACAAAAGGCCCAAAUGGAUCAAAAGAUUCAAGCCAAGGAUGAAAUUUUGGAUGCGCUGCGAAAGGACAUUGCUGAACAAAGAGCACUCCUUCAGCAAGAGAUUCAUGAUCUCAAGUGUAAGUUGGAACAAGCUGAGCAUGAGAAAACUGAGCAAAUGACUAGGUUACAACAACAUAUUGUUGCUUGUGAGCAAGAAAUUGAAAUGCUUAAGGAAAUCAAAAAAGGAAAGGAAGAACUUCUUCACCAAACUGAAGAAAAAGUGCGUGAUCUGGAGACUAAGCUAUCUGCAGCUAGUUCUCUCUUGGCUGAUAAAGACCAACAAGUGAUCAGACUCAAAGAAGAAGUUGAUUUUCUGGCAGAUGUCAGUAGAAAGACCAAAGAUGAAAUCCAAGCCAAAGAGGAAAAUUUUGCCAAAUUACUCCUGGAGAAGUCACAGAAGGAAGAGGUUCUUCAGAAUAACAUUCAGACCCUAACAGUUCAAGUUGAAGACCUCGGCUCUUCACUUAAACAAGCUGAGCAGGAAUUUCAGCUGAAGCAGGAGGUACUCGCCAAAACACAACAAGAGAAUACUGAACAAAAGGAGGUGCUCCACCAACAGAUUUUAGCCUGUGAAGAGAAGAUUCAGGGUCUAAAUAUGGAGAUUGAAGUAAAAAAUGAGCAACUUGUUACACUAGAGAAUGACCACUCUAGACAGUCUGAAAUACUGCAGGAAGAGAUCAGAGGUCUUAAAGGCCAAAUGGAAAGUUUAAACAAGUCUCUGACAGAAGCCAAGGAUGAAGUUAAAGCUCAGCAGGCAGCAUUAACAAGGCAGGAAGAGGACAAUUCUCAUCAGAAAGACCUCCUGCAGCAACAGUUGUCAGCUUCUGAGGAGACGGUGAGGACCCUGAAGGAGGAGAUUAAGGCUAAAGUUGAACAAAUGAGUUUGUUGAAAAAUCAAAGUUCAGAGCAGCUAGAUAGUCUUCAGGAAGAAAUCAGAGGAUUACAGCAACAAGUGGAGUGUCUUCAUUCCCAACUGAUAAAUGCUAAGGAGAACUUGGAAUCCAAGGAAAAUCUGUUUGCCAAAGAGCAACAACAGAGCAAUCAGCAUGUAGAGGAACUCCAGGCACAGAUAGUAGGGCUUCAAGAUGAGGUGAGAAGACUAAAUGCAGAGAUACUCUGUAAGGAGGAACAAUUAUUUCAGCUAAAGGAAGAGACAUCUGCUGCUUCUGAACUUCUGAAGGCUGAAUGUGGCAAACAGUCAGAGAUCCUACAAAACGAUAUACAAAAUCUCACUGACAAAGUGCAAAGUUUAAGUAAAUCGCUGAACACUGCAGCAGAGCAGCUUCAGAUUACAGAAGACUUACUGGCUAAAAAGGACUUGGAAAUUUCUCAUGAAAAAGAUGCUUUUCAAACUUUGAUGGCAACCACUGACAAGGAAAUAUGUGGUCUUAAGGACCAAAUUCAGGCUAAAGAGGAACAGUUGGUUAAACUGAAAGAAGAAGCCUCUAUGCAUUCUGACCAGCAGAAGCAAGAGAUCCAGUGUCUUAAAACUCAACUAGAGAAUAAGAUAGACUCUCUCACAAAAGCUGAGGAGAAGGUUCAGAUUCAAGUGGUCCUUCUUACCAAACAGGAGGAGGAAAGUGCUCAACAACUGGAGCUGCUACAGCAACAGCUGUCAACCUCUGAGGAGGCAGUGAGGAGCCUGAAGGAGGAGAUUCAGACUAAAGUUGAACAAAUGAGUUUGUUGAAAAAUCAAAGUUCAGAGCAGUCAGAUCUACUACAAGAAGAAAUUGGAGACUUAAAGCAUCAAGUGGAGGUUCUUCAUUCCCAACUGACAAAUGCUGAGGAGAGCUUGGAAUCCAAGGAAAAUCUGUUUGCCAAAGAGCAACAGCAGAGCAAUCAGCAUGUAGAGGAACUUCAGGUGCAGAUUGUAGGGCUUCAAGAUGAGGUGAAAAGACUUAAUGCACAGAUACUCACAAAGGAGGAAAAGUUGCUUCAGCUCAAUGAGGAGACUUCUGCGCAGUCAGCAUUGUUAAAGGCUGAGAGCCUCAGGCAGUCAGAGAUGCUACAAAAUGACAUACAAAGUCUUAACAACAAAGUGCAAAGUUUAAGCGAAGCUUUGAUCACUACAGAAGAACAGCUUCAGACUAAAGAUAAUUUACUGGCUAAGAAGGAAUUGGAGAUUUCUCAGGAAAAAGAGGUUUAUCAAAAUAUGAUGGCAACUACUGACAAGGAAAUAAGCACUCUUAAGGAGCAAAUCCAGGCUAAAGAGGAGGAGGUGGUGACGGUGAAGGCAGAGGCUUCCGUGCAUUCUGAUCAGCAGACACGAGAGAUCCAGUGUCUUAAAACCCAACUAGAAAAUAAGAUCGACUCCCUCAAAAAAGCUGAGGAGAAGGUUCAGAGUCAAGUGAUCCUUCUUACUAAACAAGAGGAGGAAAGUGCUGAAAAAAUAGAGUUGCUACAGCAACAGCUGUUAGCCUCUGAAACAGAAAUAAGGAAGAUGAAAGAGGAGAUCCAUGCUAAAGAACAGCAGAUGACACUGUUGAAGACUUUCAACCUAGAGCAAUCAGAUCUCUUGCAUCAGGAGAUUGAAAGUUUAAAGAGACAGGUGGAUGCUCUUGGAUCCUCUCUGAGGGAGGCUGAAAAGGCUGUGCAAUCCAAGGAGGGCCUCUUAACACAGCAGCAGCAAGAAAAUGAUCAUCAGAGAGAGGUACUUAACAGCUUACAGGAGAAAGUUCAGCAAGGGGAUAUUCUGCAGAAAGAGGUUUCAUCAUGUAAAGAGGAGAUUCAGAUGCUAAAAGAAUCCCUUGGCAAAAAAGAAAGCCUUCUUAUCAAGGCUGAAGAGAGACUACAGACACUCCAGACAGAUUUGUCUACUGCCAACAUCAUCAUGGCUGAAAAAGACCAAAACCUUAGUACUCUCAGAGAGGAGGCUACUGCCCAAGCUAACUUGGUGCAAAAAACACUCGAGGAAGCUCAAAACAGUGGGAAGAUGUUAGCCAAGGUCCAAGAAGAGAGCUCCAAGCAAACUGGUGUUCUACACCAUUGCAUUGAGGAUCUGAAAGGGCAGGUGGAAAGCAUUUCUCUCCAACUUAAAGCCAAAGAGGAGCUGUUACUUAAGACUCGGCAGGAGUCUGCCAAGCAGAUGGACCUCCUCCAGCAGCAGCUCAUCUCUGUAAAUGCAGAACUGAAUGGACACAAAGAAACACAAGCUGCAGCCCUCAGACAGAAAGAAGCAAUACAGGUGGUCACUCUCAGGGAAAAGGAAGCUCUAGUUCAGGAAAGAGAAGUACUUAUGGCUAGGAUACUCCAGGCAGAAGACAGGUGCAAAGGUUUGGAGAAACAACUUGAAGCCACAGUCUUUGAGAAAGAUAGACUUGUUCAAGCCAAGCAGGCCAUAGAGAGAGAAAAUGUUGUCUCCCAAAAGCUGGAAAGUAUGCUUCAAAAGGAGGUGGACACUUUGAAAACUGAGAGACAAAUGCUCAUAAAAGAGAGAGAAGGCAUUGAGAUGGUGAAGAGCGACCUGCAGGAACAACUUUCAGCUAAAUCUGAGGCUGCAGAACACUACAAGGCUCAGAUGGAAAAGGCAGUAAAUCAUUACAACGGCAAGAAGGAGCUUCUUCAGGAAACCCAAGAGCAGGUGGUCCAGCUGAAGCAUUCCUUGGAGCAUAAGGAGCGUAAAGUAAAGGCAAUUACCAUGGAAAGUAAGGUGCUUCAAAUGAAUUUGGACAAAGCCAAAACCAAUGAGAAGAUACUGUUGACCAGGCUGGCAAGUUUGGAGGCACAGCUGGCCUUUGCAGACCAAACCCUGCGAGCACAGAAUAAAAUUCAUGGUAAUGGAGUAGGCUACUUGGAGACUGCCAGUGCACACUCUAGUGUUCAGACAAGAGCACAGGCACAGAGGUGCAUGAGCUCAGACAGCUUGGACCAAAGCUCUCUAGAGGACUCUCUGAACACCACACGGAAACUGUCAUUGCCUGAUGAAUCAAGCACACCACUUGUUCGAAGUUCAGAGCGCCUGGCAGCCAAACGCCGAGGUCUAAAGGCUGAGUCGCUUGAAACCCUCUACUUCACACCCAUAAACAUAAGACACACCAACAGGACCAAUACAGACAAGCAAGAACUUGAUUCUGUUAGGAAAAACCCAUCUUCAUCUGUUAAGCGGCGUAGGACCACACAGGUUAUAAACAUCACCAUGACCAAGAAAACCCCGGGCACCUGUGAAGCAGAUGAAACUUUCUACAGCCUGCCCUCAGCCCGCUCACAGCCCAACCUCUCCAGCACCCACUCUGCACAGCCUGUAUCUGUGGAGCUGUUUGACACACCUGCCAGAGGGCCCGUUUCAGAAGCCGACCAACUCAUCGGUCUUCCAGGGUACAGACGGAGCACAGCCCAUUCACAGACUACUAGUACAUUCUGUGUUGGAACAGAGAAUGAGCCAGAGGGUGCACCUGAUGACUGGAUGAGGAUCGCUGAGAUCCAGGCCAGGAACAAGGCCUGCCUUCCACAUCUGAAGAGUAGCUACCCUGUGGAGUUUGAUACUGGCUGCAAAAGUGCAUUCCUCUUCACAGAUGAAGAACUUCGCACUGGUGACCCCUCUGAGACAAUCCGCCGGGUGUCCAUGAUGCCUGGCCAGCUACAGGACUCUCUCACCGCUCACCGGCUCUCAUUUAUGGUUGAACAGACCGGUGCUGCAGCCGCUGCUCGGUCUCACCGUCUGUCCUUGAUGCCCGGUCAACUUCCAUCCAAAACUGCCAGUUCCACCCACCUGAGAAGUCCAAAAGACAGGAAACGGGCUUCGUCAAUGUUGUCUGUACCUCUGACUUCACCUGAGAAAAAGGUUAAGGCCAGCUGCUUCCCACGACCACUAACCCCCAAAAACAAGAAUGUCAACAGUGGCUCUAAUAUUCAUGCUGCCCUCUCUCCUGCUGACCGAAGACAAUCUAUGAUGUUCACAAUUGAAAACACCCCUAAAAAAGACAACUACCUAAAGAAAGGGUUGAACAAACUACGCAGCUCAACCCGGAAGUCUCCAGGCAGCACUUUAAAGAAGUCACCUGCUCAGAUGACUGUCCACAAGGGACAGGAAAAUAAACCCUCAGCAAAUACCCGCACUGGAACAGGACGAGCAGGCAGGAUUGGCAGCCACAAAUCACCCCAGGUGACAACUAAAGGACUCAGAAAGUCUCCACAAGUAACCAGCAGGACUGCAAAGUCACCAGGGCUGACAUCUAGUGCUCGCAAGGGGCAGGUGUCUUAAAUGAAGAACAUCUGUCUGGAAGUCUCAAAAGAUGAUGAGGAAGAUGAAGGUGUGAAAACCAGGUUCCCAGAUUGACGUCCUCAGGCCUGAUCAUCUAUCAUUUUAAUCACUUUGAUUUCAAACUUCUUACUUUUACUACUUUUAUUGUUCUUCAGGGCUUUUUGAAAUUGUCUUGUUCUACAUUUUUCUGUAUUAUAUUUUUAUGUUAAUAAAAGAUGGAGAUGAAAAUGGCACAUUGUUGCAAAAUUUUAAAAGCUGGUCAUGUUAAUUUUUUUUUUUUUUUUUUUUUAAACUGAGUUGCAUUAAAUGAGUUAUGCUA